UUGAUCUACAGAACAUGUUCAGUUCCUUGUCCUCAAAGCAUUAGUUCUUAGUUAAACCGCUGAAACAGUAAAGAAGGUUAUGUCGGAAAAUAUGUGAAACCUCGUGGUAAAAGGUAGCGAUCUAAGUUGUCAAGGUAUUCGGUACUGAACAGAUUUAUUACAGUUAAAAGUCGUCCAAUAUGCGAAAAUUAAAAUAUCACGAGAAAAAACUACUCAAGAAGGUGGAUUUCCUUUGCUGGGAGGCCGACAACAACAUCCACGAGGUGAAAAUUCUGAAAAAAUACUUCGUUCAAAAACGUGAAGACUAUACAAAAUACAACAAGCUGUCCAGAUCUAUCAGGGAACUCGCCAAUUCCAUAAAAGAGCUUGACAAGGACGAUCCGUUUAGGAUAGAAGCGUCGGCGAGCCUGUUGGAGAAACUCUACAUGAUGGGUCUCAUAGAGACGAAAUGGGACCUGGAGAAUUGCAACAAGGUGAAUGCAUCAUCAUUUUGUCGAAGGCGUUUACCCGUAAUGAUGGUGAAAAGCAAGAUGAUCAGGAAUGUGAAAGAUGCGACUAAACUGAUUGAACAAGGGCACGUACGAGUGGGCACCGAAUUGAUCAAGGACCCGGCUCUUCUUGUGACGAGGAACCUGGAAGAUUUUAUUACUUGGAUCGAUACAUCUGCUAUACGAAAACAUGUCCUCGAAUACAACGACAUCAGGGAUGAUUUUGAUCUUAUGUGAUUUUAGCUUUCUGUAAAUUCCAUUUGUUACACACUGUACAUAAUUUAAUUCUUAAACAUAAAUAUUUUAUAAAGUU